AUGGCCUCGGAGCUGGCCAUGAGCGCGGAGCUGCCCACGAGCCCCCUCGCCAUCGAGUACGUGAACGAUUUCGACCUGAUGAAGUUCGAGGUGAAGAAGGAGCCGGCGGAGGCGGAGCGGCUGUGCCACCGCCUGCCCGCCGGGUCCCUGUCGUCCACCCCGCUCAGCACGCCCUGCUCCUCCGUGCCUUCCUCGCCCAGCUUCUGCGCUCCCAGCCCCGGUGGGCAACCGGCCCCCGGCCCCCCGGCUACCACCGCCGCUUCCCUGGGCUCCAAACAGCAGCUGGAGGAGCUGUACUGGAUGUCGGGUUACCAGCAUCACCUCAACCCCGAAGCUCUCAACCUGACGCCGGAGGACGCGGUGGAGGCGUUGAUCGGUGCCCCUCACCAUCAUCACCAUCACCACCAAGGGUACGAGCCCUUCCGACCUCAGCCCUUCGGGGGUGAGGAGCUGCCGCCGGCCGCGCAUCACCAUCCCGGCCAUCACCAUCAUCAUCAUCACCACCUACGCUUGGAGGACCGGUUCUCCGACGAUCAGCUGGUGAGUAUGUCCGUGCGGGAGCUGAACCGGCAGCUGCGGGGCUUCAGCAAGGAGGAGGUGAUCCGCCUCAAGCAGAAGAGGAGGACCUUGAAGAACCGGGGCUACGCUCAAUCCUGCCGCUACAAGCGGGUCCAGCAACGGCACAUCUUGGAGAACGAGAAAUGCCAACUGCAGAGCCAGGUGGAGCAGCUCAAGCAGGAGGUGACCCGCUUGGCCAAGGAAAGGGAUCUGUACAAAGAAAAAUAUGAGAAGUUGGCCGGCCGGGGCUUCCCGCGGGAGCCCUCCCCAUCCGCCGCCCCGAAAGCCACCGCUGACUUCUUCAUGUGA